GUUCCGAUCCGUCAAGCGUUUGGAACGUGAUGCGAUCAACGCUUCCGCGACCCAUUUGCAUGGCGUUGUAAUAGUGGCUUCCAAUGAAGAAGAAGAAGAAGAAGCAGAAGCAGCCGCAGCUCAGGUCGCCGAUCUAGUCUCGGGCCAGCGAAGCGUAUUUAAGAGCUAUUCAGCAAAUUGCAUUAAAGAAUUACGCACGCGACCGACAAGCAGCCAACAAGUGCCAAGCGAACCCAACACCGAUCCGGGACAGACAUUCUACGAGUCAGAGUCAGAGUCAGUGACAGACGGAACGAGAGCGAGAGCAAGCGGGGGUGAUAAAUACUGCUGAAAGAUGUACGGACGCUGCAGUUUGCUAUUUGCGGUGCUGUUGUGCGCCUCGGGUCUGGCCCACGCCCACUUCCCGGAGUAUUGUGCAGAGUGUGAGCAGGAGGUGUGGGAGCAGGUGCCGUGCAGUCAUGUGCCCACUACUGCAAGCCCAACCACGCCGCUGCCAGGCUCUCAGACGACAACCAGACCUCCUAUAACCAGCACAACCGUCGCCAGCACCACGGAAGUCCCGACCACAACCAGUACAUCUGCGGAGGAGAUUACCACGCAGCCGACAGCCUACAAGAAGUGCUACUGCGAGUGCAAGCUCGGCUGCAAAGAGUUCUGCCGCAAGGUGGCCAUUUCUGGGCCCAAACAGCAGUUAACCCAGAUCUCAUCCACCGGAGACUACGCGCCGGGCGGCCAGAUAGAGUACACGCAUGUGCAUCAGCGCAAGUAUUUCCCCAAGUACGGAGGAGGAGCAGGCUAUGCAGGACUGGUCGGCCCAGUGGACGGUCCCAAGUCCUAUAAGCCGUAUCCUCUGGUCUACAGCGAACAGGCUGCUGCCGCCUCCUCGCCAGCGGCGAGCAACAUUAAUGCUCCCAAUUACACACUGGAGGAGCUUGCUCAGCUUCUGAGCACAGCCUACGGCAGCAAGAAGGAAUACCCAGCCCCACCACCGCCCAGACCUCAGCCACGAGCACAGCUCCAGCCAGCGCCGCCCACUGUCUACUACUCUCCAGUCUACAAGCAGCAAUCCGAGGUUCCUUCCAUUCCCCUUGUGAGCAGGGUUGAGCCGGCGUCGAACCAUUACCCAAGCCUCAAGGUAUCCGCCUCAGCAGUGGCCACAUCAUCCGGAGUGGCAGUGGCCAAGGCAAAGACGCCCUAUGAGGAGAAGAUAGCCGUGGCCACACCGCCACCAUCCACCAUCUAUGACAGAACCACAUCCUACCCCAUUGUCGAGGAGCACACGGCCUACAAUUUGCCACACACCGAGGCCUAUCCGAUUCCCCCCAGCCAGACGGAGUCCUAUCCAAGCAUCACCGAGGCGUAUUCGAGACAGACGGAGUCCUAUCCCAGCCAGACAGAAUCGUAUCCCAGCCGGACAGAGGCGCAUCCCCUGCAAGAGCCUGAGCCCAACAAGCCGUCAUCCUCCUUCGACCUGGCCAUCGACAACUACCUCAAGGACUUUGGCUAUGGCAACCAAGGCAGGGGCUACGCGGACUACUAGACUCUAGAUAGAUCUCCUUGUUGUUAGGUUUAAGGAUAUACGCGUCUAUACAUUUAUUAAUUUAUACUAAG